AUGGCCAUCGCACGUCCGCUCCUCGGCCUCGCCGCCAUCCUCCUCCUGGCCGGUGGCAUUGUCAUGGAGUUCUUCAUCGUCCUCUCCGGCCUCGACACCACCCCGGUCAACCAGGUCUACUUCCUCGAAGCCAGCACCAACGGCAUCACCAAUGCCAACACCCGCUACCGUAACCCAGCACGAUGGACGUACCUCGACAUCUGCGGCGUGGGCGCCAAUGGCCGCAACACCGACUGCACCCCCACCACCGCCGCUCUGCCAUUCGAUGUCCCGCGCAACUUCGGCACCACCAGCGGCGUCCCAGACCGCUUUGUCAAUGACAGCAGCUACUACUUCUACAUGAGCCGAUUCGCCUGGGUCUUCUACCUUAUCGCCCUCUUCUUCGCCGUCGUCGCCAUCUUCAUCAGCCUGUUCGCCCUCUUCGCGCGUCUUGGUGCCUACCUGACCGGCUUCGUCACCUUCCUCGCCCUGUUCUUCCAGACGCUGGCUGCUGCUUUGAUGACCGCCUGGGUCGUUCGGGGACGCGCCGGAUUCCGCGACAACGGCAACGACGCUAAGAUUGGUGUCAAGGCCAUGGCAUUCACCUGGUCGACGUGGGCAUGCUUCUUCCUCGCGACCAUCUUCUUCUGCGUUGGAGGUACCGUCAGCCGCAACAACAGCACCCAAAAGUCAUCGUACUUUGGCCGCAAGCGAAGCACGCGCAGCCGUGGCAGCUUUGUCGACAGCAGCAGCGAAAGGAGGGGAGUCAAGGAUGACUACGAAUAA